CGGCUUCAUCCUCGUAAUAAUCGAGCCACAGCCACCAUCUCAUUUUCGAGUUAAUCUUCAUGGAGGCUUCGAAAACCCAAUGCUUGGGGUUUCUACUCUUCCUCGUCGGUAUUCUCCAAUGUAAAGCUGGGGUUCGUUACACUUUCGUGGUCGAUGAAACGCCAUAUAAGAGAUUAUGCAGCACGAAGAACAUCCUGACGGUGAACGGGCAAUUUCCUGGGCCGACUCUGUACGUGCACAAGGGCGAUACCAUCAUUGUUGAUGUCUAUAACAAGGCAAAAUACAACAUUACCAUUCACUGGCAUGGCGUGAAACAACCAAGAUUUCCAUGGUCCGAUGGACCCGAAUAUAUAACCCAAUGUCCAAUACAGCCAGGAGGUAAGUUCAGUCAGAAGGUGAUAUUCUCCACAGAAGAGGGGACCUUAUGGUGGCACGCUCACAGUGACUGGUCGAGAGCCACUGUGCAUGGAGCCAUUGUUAUUUACCCCAAAAAAGGUUCAAGCUAUCCUUUUCCGAAACCUGAUGCUGAAAUGCCUAUUAUAUUAGGAGAAUGGUGGAAGAAACCGAUAAUGGAGGUCUAUCAUGAAAUGCUCAGAACAGGAGGAGAUCCAAAUGUUUCCGAUGCUUAUACUAUCAAUGGUCAACCUGGAGACCUUUACCCAUGCUCAAAGCAAGAUACUUUCAAGCUAAGGGUCGAACAAAGCAAGACAUAUUUGCUGCGGCUAAUCAACGCGGCCAUGCAAGACCUCCUCUUCUUCUCCAUUGCGAACCACAGCCUCACCGUCGUUGCGACGGACGCGAGCUACACGAAGCCGCUGACGAGAGAUAUCAUCACGAUAUCUCCCGGUCAAACCAUCGACGUCCUCCUUGAAGCCAACCAAAACCCUGACCACUAUUAUAUGGCCGGUAGGGUUUACUCUAGUGCUCUCGGCGUGGCUUACGACAACACAACCACCACGGCAGUGGUGGAAUACUCUGGAAACUACACUCCCACCUCACCGCCUCCUUUGCCGCAACUUCCUUAUUACAAUGACACUUCCGCGUCGGUCAAUUUCACCGGCAGCCUCCGGAGCUUAGCGAGUGAGGAGCAACCCAUCGACGUCCCCGAGAAUAUAACCAACCAUUUCAUCUUCACGAUCUCCAUCAACUCGUUCCCGUGCCCGAACAAUUCCUGCGCAGGCCCCAAUGGGACCCGUCUCGCCGCGAGCGUGAACAACAUAAGCUUCACAACCCCCUCGAUCGACAUCCUCCAAGCAUAUUAUUACGGCAUCAACGGCGUGUUCGGAACCCGGCUCCCCAACUUCCCGCCUUACAUCUUCAAUUUCACGGCCGACAUCUUGCCGCUGGACCUGGAGACGCCGAAGCGCGGGACGGAGGUGAAGGUAUUGAAUUACAACUCGACCGUGGAGCUGGUUUUCCAGGGGACGAACUUGAUGGCCGGGACCGAUCACCCGAUGCAUCUGCACGGAUACAGCUUUUAUGUCGUUGGCUGGGGACUCGGGAACUACGACAUCAAGAAGGAUCCGUUGACCUAUAAUCUGGUGGAUCCACCUUUGCAGAACACCAUUGCGGUGCCGAAGAAUGGAUGGGCUGCGAUCAGAUUUAGGGCGGACAAUCCUGGAGUGUGGUUCAUGCACUGCCACAUAGAGCGGCACCUGACGUGGGGCAUGGACACGGCGUUCAUCGUGAGGAAUGGAGUUCCCCCGAACACCCACUUGCUGUCGCCACCACCGGACAUGCCACCUUGUUGAAUCACCUUCGAUUUCACUCCAUUUUGGGGAGACCUGAUGAAGACAUUUAUCUUUCGUACUUCUAUUAAGGGUGUGUUUAUUUCACAGAAAACUUAAGAUUUGAAAAAUAUUUUUUGAAAAAUGAUUUGUUAUAUCGCUUAAAAAAAUUAGUCGGUAAAAAAUAUUUCCAUUGUCAAUAUCAAUUUACACUUAUUUCUGUGAAUGAUGAAAAUAUUUUUAAUUUAUUCAUUUUUAUGAGCGAUAUAACCGAACAUUUUUUUGAAAAAUGUUUUCCAACUCUUGAGUUUUCCAUCAAAUACUCGCACCCUAAGUUUCGUUAGUAGAGCAUCACAAUAACCUAUGAUAGUAUUGAUUUGGAUGCCAAUGUGCCUCGUCAUAGAACUAGUCUUUUCCUGAAAAAAAGAUAGUCGUUUUUUAUCCAUUUUAUUGGAAUCCAAUCCCACCUCUUUGCUUCUCUCGCGAAGUUAUUACAUGGUUGUAAAUCAUGUGAACCAAUACUAUCUCAAUCAUUAAUAAAAUGGGUCGUCCUGUUGUAGGAUUCGCAUGAUUCAUGUUGCCAA